AUGACCGUGCCCGUCAGCAAGCCAGCCAUCACCAGGGUCAAUGCAUCGGAUCCUUCUACUUCUUCCAAGACACUGGUCGACAUUCUCAAGCGAGACGGAGGCGUCAUUGUCGAGAACUUGAUUCCGCGUGAGCUGGCAGAGCAGAUCAGAAAAGACUUGAAACCACACUUUGAUACCGACAUACCCGAUAAGUACGGCUUCUUUCCUAAGACUACCAGAAGAGCGACAGGACUUCUGGGUGUAUCAGAUGCGUGUGUCGAGCUGGCAUGCAAUAAGCUCUACACUGAUGUUGCCAACGCGAUGUGUUCAUCCAGCUACACCAUGUGGAGGGACGACCACCAAGAGACUGUGAGCGGCAAGCCCAUCAUCUCCUCUACAGUGGGCUUCCGUGUAAAUCCUGGAGGCAAGCAGCAGGUUCUUCAUCGAGAUGAUAAUGACUAUCACCCUCAAGACAAGGAGCUCCCAGUGAUGAUAGGGUGUGUAACAGCCCUGACAAAAACGACAAAGGAAAACGGCGCUACGAUUGCCAUCCCAGGAUCUCACCUCUGGGGCCCCGAGCGCCGGCCACUGGACGAGGAGGCUGUCCCGGCCGAACUCGAAAUUGGCGACGCUCUCAUUUUUCUGGGGAAUCUAUACCAUGCUGGAGGGGCUAACAUCACGAAGGACGAGUACCGGGAGACAGUGGGAAUCUUCCUCUGCAAGCCCACGUUGCGGCCCGCUGAGAACUUCUUUCUAGAGAUCCCCCUGGAGAGGGUGAGGCAGAUGAGGCCGCAGGCUCAGCGGCUUCUGGGCUACGGCGUCCUCGAACCUGGCGUUGGGUUCAUGCAUUAUCAAGACCCGAUGAGAGUCCUCUUUGGUGUCGAGGAUGAGGAAACGGUGAACAUGUGA